CGUACGACUCGGUGGCCGCUCGAUCCAGAUCGUGCACACGCCCCGCCGCCUAAUAUUUUUCUCCUUAUCUGUUUCUCCCACACCGAUCCUCCAUCCAUGUCCAUCCAUUUCCCACAGCAGCCGCCGCCCCGUGUUACUCGCUCCCGAGCGCCUCCGCGUCGCUCCUACCAUCCAGCGCCCGCGUCGCCAGGUGAAGCUCGAUCCCGAGCUGCGCGUCCCCCUCUGAACCGCUCGUUGGUCACCGGAGCCCACCGCCAUGGCAGCCUAGGAAGCUCCAGUUCAGCCGCCAUCUACGAUGGAGCCAAGCUCGACCCAGAACGCCGCCACCCUGCCGGAGCUCCCCGCCACCGGAUCUGCGCCGCCCCUCCUCGGAUCUGUCCAUCCACGCUGCUACGAGCCCCGUCUGCCAUCGCGUCCUUCACAUGCCUCCUGCACCGCCGCGGAGGAGCAGCGCCUCGUCCAGUUCGUCUGUUAUCAAGACUUUGGAGUGAUGUAUGCAUCAGAUCGAAUCAAGAUAUAAGAGCCGAUGAGUGCGCUGUCGGGAUAGCUCAGAUGACCGUCAAAGAGGGGCGCCAGCUUUCGAUAGUUGCUGAAGCGGACGAGCUCGAUUCUUCUAAUGGAAGCACUGAGCAGCACGUCUCGACAGUUCUAGAUGCAGAGCAUGGGUCGAAAUCAUGGACUCCAAAUCUUAUUGACGUGGAAAGGGAAAACCGCGGCUGGGUUCGACGACAUAGGCACGGUUGGGGAGGGCGUGUUGGGGGCUCGGCUGGAGAUGCUCUUAGCCAGUUGGCUUGUGUUUGGGGAUCAGUGCAAGUUUAACCAGAAUGAUUUUCAAUGUCUCAAUAUAGCAGCUGCACCAGUUCAGUACACGUUGGAAGAAGGAUUUGGAAAGACCGACCCCAUGUGUCAACUAUGUUCAACGAAAUGUGGAGCGUGGUUUUAAAUGGAGAUUCUUGAUAUGGCGUGUGCAGACGUAAGUCGGUAGGAGAGAAAGAAGGUGACGAGGUUAACAACUUCCCAUGCAACGGAAGCGUGAAAUGAUGUCAUGGAAUCUCACAAUUAGCCUGUUGCAAUUCAAGAUCAGAGAAGUGAUAGUAUGUAUCUUUGUAAUGAAUGAAUAAAAAGAAUUCUGCUCAGCGUAUUAUUGUGUUUUUUUGUCA